UCGGCGAUACAGGACUGCAGGCUGCAAGGAUACUCUGCACCGUAUGCGCUUCCGUCCCAGCGUAUCUGCAGCUCGUAGGACAGCUCCGGGCCCCUUGGCAUGCACCUGUCGCCCGGACAUCUCAGAAUCGUGCUCAUUCUGGCUCUGCUGCAGGACCUGCAGGUAAAACCACAGAAGAACAUAUUCAGGGCACAUCUCGAGCGGGAUCUACAAAUUUGUCCGGCCUGCUUUGCCGGACAGCGCUGGCAAUGCGAGGAAAUUUUUGAGGCCAUUGCAGAGCCCUCGGAUUGGAGCAAGCUUCUAAAAGGAAUCGCUCUGCUCAUCGAUCGUCGGGAGAUAUAUUUCCUGCAAUUGAAUGAGGGUCAUCAGGCAGCACAGUUGGUGGCCAAAAGAGAUGCCAUUGGGGGCCACUCUUACCGCAAUAUAGGCAUCUUGCGAGAAGCAUUUCUUGAGGAGAUGGAGGAGCGUCCCGGUGGAUUCCAGUUUUGUCGUAGCGGAUUCAGGACUCCCCGUUUUGUUAGUUACUUGGAGCAGCGCGGUCAUGAGUCUGCCACCAUUUGGUACUACAUGAUGCACAGCAUUACACCAUUGCUGAUGCAGGAACUGUUUUUGCGUGGCUUUCCAGUUCCUCGGAGCUACGCUGCCUGUGGCCUUACCCAUUUCCAAGCCUAUGCCGGACGCACCCUGGUACACUACGCCACUGCUGGCAAGAAUCUGCGCCUGGAAAUGGCCCGACAACUGCUCCAGCUGUCUCUGAAGCUCACCUUUGGCUUUGCGGACUUUCGCAUCUUUCUAACCGAUUUUACGGCAGACAAUCUGGCCUUUGACGAGGCCAGCCAGAGUGUGAUCCUCAUCGACCUGGACUCUGUUGUCCUAGUGGAUGCGGCGGUCCCCUUGGGCGACGCCCAGAAGUACGAGCCCUUGCCUGGCGAUGGAUUCACUUUCGAUGUGAAGUCCUUUUGCGGUGGCCAGCAUCUGGACGCGAAUGUCUAUCAGGCUUGUCUCCUGCUGAAAGACUUCCUGCUGCGGGAUCUGGCCAACGGAAGGCUGGAGAUGCUGCUGGAACAAUGUGUGCGUUGCGACGACGCGACAUGUGAUAUGCGCUUCCAGCAAGCAUACGACUUGAUCAAGCUGCUUGGCGAGCUGCUGGGCAGCUAGGACUUUGGACGAAGGACAAGUUGAAGUCGGGCUAAGGUAACAUAUUGAGGAUACUUUAAUUUAAGUAGGUAACCAUGUUUAAUCAUACAACUCAUCCAUUACACUCAAUAUAUGGUCUAAAUGAA